GAAGGUAGUUAAAAAUUAGUUAAUCUGGUGGCAGUUUAGUCCUUUUGCAUCCCAUCAAUUUUCUUAAGAAAAUUCAACUCCUCCAUCAAUGCACACAAAUUCUCCUCAAAAAAUACUGUGAAACCGUUUCCGGUUGAUACAGAUCCACAUUCUUAAAUUUUCGACUUCAGACAAGAAAUCACAGCUCGAAAUCCGUCCCACCAAAACCCCAAAACAGCCCCCCUCAGAAAUGGAGUCCGGCAACGGCGCUGGAGUUGAAGAUGACAGGAUCGAGAAGCGCGAGAGCAUAGGAUCAAGCGCUGAGACGAGGAAACCGAAAGAGAUGAGGAGUAGAAACAACCGAGUUGAGAAGAAGGAGCCAUUAACGAAGAAGGAAUGGGGCUCUUCAUCGAGAGUAUCUGCGGCGCUGGGAAAGGCGAGCUUGAGCCAGAGCCUGACGUUCCCGAGCCGCCACUCAGACAUAAUGAAAAGGAGUAUAGAGAUUUACCCCACUGACUCCGAUGUUAGGCUGUCUCAGAAGAAUAGCUCCAAGGUGGAGUCCCGAGUUUCCCAGGCUUCGUCUACGCGUACAAGGACCAACUCUCUCCCGAAGAAGCCCUUCCCGGGAGUCAAGCUGUCUCGCCACUCUGUUUCUGAUGAGAAUCUGACAUUCUCCUUCAGAUCGGAAGAGCGUGCUGAGAGAAGAAAAGAGUUUUUCUCCAAGAUAGAACAGAAAGUUCAAGCAAUGGAAGUGGAGAAGAAUGAUAUGCAAGCAAAAUCCAAGGAAAAUCAAGAGGCGGAGAUAAAGCAACUGAGGAAGAGCCUGACAUUCAGAGCUACUCCAAUGCCAAGUUUCUACAAAGAGCCUCCACCUAAAGUGGAGCUCAAGAAGAUACCGACUACACGGCCAAAGUCUCCGAAGCUGGGGAGGCAGAAGGGGAGUGGGAGUGGGAGUGAGUGUGGUAGUCCGUGCAGAUCACCGAGGUCGCCCUUGGCGAGUAAAGAUAAGGUGGAAAAGAGUCCUUUGUCGAAGAGUUUGUUGUCGAGGGCGAUAAUGCCUGCUCAACUGCAGGUUGAAGGUUGAACAUAUCAACAUUCACUCUCAUCUCAUGUAUACUUACUUCCAUUAUACCACUCCAUAUGUUAUUGUUUCUUCCUUUUUUUUUGUUUAUGGUGGAAGUACAUUUUGUUGUGAAUACUGGCACUUUGUUGGAUGUUCAAAGUUUGAGUUACAAAUAUCAGUUGGAUACACUUUAUUAUCACAA